GGAUCUUCCAAUCCGUGCAAUUUGGGUAUACGCAGUAAUGUGUGAUAGGCUAUAUUAUUUGGAAGUUAUGACAGAUAGCUACUAAUACUAUAGUAAAUCACCAGUUUGCAUUUUUAAUGAGCCUCAAAAAAUCACACACAUGAAUCACAUAUUCCUAUGGUGUAUCCCUGAGGGUUUGAAUAGGAGGAAUGGUUACCCCAGCCUCCAGGACAAUGCCGUUCUUGUUUGUCUGGCUCUGCAACUAAACGCCCUACCUACUUCAUUGCGUAUUUAGUGAGGGGCGCCGUUCCAUAUGUUAACAUUUUAAGCUUUGGGUGAUGUACACAGCGAGUCGUUUUGCAGUAAUCGGUAAAGCAACAAGACAGUAACAACCGUGAACUUCAGCACGGCCCUUCGACGAGGCAGGAUUGCUACUAGGAGGACUGUAUUUUGUUUUCAGUUUCGGAGAACUUUGGACACAAAAACAUUACCUCUCCUCAGCUCUGACGGUUUUGCAGUAACUCAAAGCAACAAACCAAGGAGAUGGACGAAGAGAAUCAGGGAGUGUUCUUCGGACAACGGGAAGAGGAGGAGGAGGGGGUUGAGGGACCCUUCGUCUGCUCCGAUCCCCUGUACGGGGGUCCUGAGACAGGCAUGGAAGAGUGGGCUAUGAAUCAGCACUGUGGUUUGAACGACAGUGAAUCGGAAGAUGUCUUGCACUCCAUCAUUAACCCAAAUGAGGUGUACAGUUCUAAUCAGGCACUCGAGUCACCCUCAGAGAGUGACAGUGGAAUCUCCGAGGACCCCCGCUCUGACAGCCCACCCCACAAUGGGGCUAGCCAAUCAGAGGUGCCUUCCGUCGUCACCGCGACACCCACACUCUAUCAGGUUGUCUAUGACAUCAGCGGGCUGGAUGGGGUGAAGACUGAGCCUGGAUCCAGCAGCGUGGAUGUGAUAUCCAUAGAGCUGGAUGAGUGGAGCUCCCAGAUGCUCAUUCCCCAGGGCUGUAUCAUGAGUGAGCUGCCCUCCCUCCCUGUGUGCGCAGCGGGGAGAACCAGCCCACUGACCGCCAACGACCCCUGCAGUCUGGGCUCGCUACCGCUGUACCCUGAUCUGAUGCUGACAGAAGAGGAGCAGAGAUUGUUGAACCAAGAAGGGAUUGCAUUACCCAACAACCUGCCUCUCACCAAGGCGGAGGAGCGCAUUCUGAAGAAAGUGCGUCGGAAGAUCAGAAACAAGCAGUCUGCUCAGGACAGUCGGCGGAGGAAGAAGGAUUACAUCGACGGGCUGGAGAGCAGAGUGUCUGCUUGUUCAGUGCAGAACCAGGAGCUGCAGAAGACGGUGCACCAGCUGGAGAAACACAACAUGUCCCUCAUAGCCCAGCUGAGGAGGCUGCAGUCCCUCAUCAAGCUGACCUCAACCAAGGCAGCGCAGACUGGCACUUGUAUCCUGAUCUUCAUCUUCUCUCUGGCUCUGAUCAUCUUCCCCAGUUACAGCCCUUUCAGCUCGGAGCCUGUGGUCAGUGAGGAGGGGUACAGACCCGCAGGGGUGAUAUCGAGAAACAUUCUAACAGAGACAGAAUCUUUUAGAAUGUCGGACACAGCAGAUGAUGUCAUCACCGAUAACAAGAUUCCAUCCCUUCAAGAACUCCCGCCCUCCAACUCAGACACUGGCCAGUCGGAAAACACGGAUCCUUCCAGCAUCACCUUUCAAAAGCCAAUCAGCAGUGAAGAGGAUGCAAAUAAUAAGAAAGAAGAGGGCCUUAUCCAAGCCAAUGUCCUUCAGGAGGUCAAGAUGAAAAACGUGUCCUUGCCGAGUGAGCCAGUCGAUUCUGUGGACCCAGAAAGCCAGCCGGCGCUGGAUGUGAUGCCAGUGAAAGGACACGGUGACAGAAGCCUUGAUUCUGCCAAGCCAGUCCACGCAGACGAAAUGUAACCACAUUCUUAAGAAUUGUCUAGAAAACCUUAUUCUUUUAGUCCCUGCUGGUGUGUCUGUUGCAAACAUUCAAGCUGUUCUGUAGGUCCUUUACGGUCUGCUUUCCAGCAUUCAUAUUGGGUAUUAGGAGGGAGCUGUAAUGUGUUACUUGUCCACCAGCUGGAGUUGGUGUACAUACUGAUUAGUGGUUUAAAAGGUAACCUGAUAAGGCUCUGAAAUAUCUUAACAGACAUAUUCUUGUUCAGAUUUACUCUGUUAUUUUCUGUUUCUGAUGUCACUUCCCAGAGAACUUUUUUAUUAAGUUUACAGCACCCGUUGCCUAUAUAGAGCUCUCAAUCAUGUCUUAUCUCUACAGCCAGUCCACCAGAGUGUAACUAUUAAGAUGUUCCCCCUGCAACACACUGCCCCCCCAGUGGAUGUAACAAAUACUACAACGGUAGAACAAAUGUGGUAUUUCUUACAUUCAGUGGGGGCAGUGUUGCAGGCGGGUAGGUUUAUGGUUACACUGUGGUGUAAAAAAGAAUACACUUGAUUUAAAAAAAAAAAAAAAAAAGUUAUUUCAGUAAAUUUAAAACAGUCUACAAAUAAGAAAUAAAAUACAUCAAACUGAAUUAUAUGUCCCUUCACUAGGAAGCCCCCCCCCCCAUUAAAACCACAUAUUGCUGGUCUAUUUUGGCAAGGUGUCACUGCACACCAAACCCGUCUGUUGGACACGUUGUCUACAAGUUUAGCGAAGGUUGUUGCACUUAAUUCCUGUUGGAAAUAUCAUCUUAGAAUAGCUAAAACAUAGUUAUCUGCUUAGUUUUGCUUUAGGAUCUACUGCAGAACAUGAAGCUUUCAUUUAUAACCCCUAUCCAACUGCUGCAGGGGGGUGUAUGCAUGUCAGGCUCACAGACUGACUAAAGUCAUGUUUCCACCUGCCACUGGGACUGACUUGAAAGUGGUUUGAAUUCAGAUUUGUUUGUUUCCAUCAGCAGCAGAUCAAAUCCAUUUCAAUCAGGACUCCGUCUGUCUGUCUGUCUGCCUGUCUGUCAGCCCCGGUUAGGAUUGCAGGCUGCCAGAACUCGAUCACUCCACACUGAUGGUGGAAGUUACCCAAUGAACGUUCAACACAAAACAUGUCAGAGGGGGUUUAUGAAAAAGAAAAAAAGUAGACAGAACAUGCUGGCGUGAUAAUAUUAUACUGUCAGUAUAAAUAGCAAUUCUACAUACGUUGGUGUAAUUGAAUUGUCGACUGCAGAUAGAAACGGCUGCAGCGUCAGUUUGAUACUGGGAACAAGAGGAGUUUCACAGACUGGUUUCCUGGUGCAGAUGGAAACAUGGCAUUAGUGGAAAGCAGAUUUCAAAAGAAAGAGUUAAAACUACCUUCAUUUAAACAAGCUGGACUCUCAACACAGGCUGCACAGCUACAUGUUUGUAGGACAUGGCUUUAAUGCAUAAAAAGAAUACUUGCAGAUCCAGUAUUGAGCUGACCACAGUUUUCUUUUGCAGGCAGAUUUUCACUAUAAGCGUAUUAAUAAUGAACACUGCAAAGCAGUAUGAUCUGAUUUGAUGUUUUCUUAUUUUUAUUUUCUUGUAUUUAUAUAUUAAAGGGGAAAAAGAUCUAGGUAGAAGUGUCUGUUCCAUCUCUGUUCCUAAAUUGGGUGGAGACUGAACUGCUCCCUUCAGUCCAGGGCAGGCUUGAGGCAUGGAGACUGAACUGCUGCCUUCAGCCCAGGGCAGGCUUGAGGCAGGGAGACUGAACUGCUCCCUUCAGCCCAGGGCAGGCUUGAGGCAUGGAGUCUGAACUGCUCCCUUCAGCCCAGGGCAGGCUUGAGGCAGGGAGACUGAACUGCUCCCUUCAGCCCAGGGCAGGCUUGAGGCAGGGAGACUGAACUGCUCCCUUCAGCCCAGGGCAGGCUUGAGGCAGGGAGACUGAACUGCUCCCUUCAGCCCAGGGCAGGCUUGAGGCAGGGAGACUGAACUGCUCCCUUCAGCCCAGGGCAGGCUUGAGGCAGGGAGACUGAACUGCUCCCUUCAGCCCAGGGCAGGCUUGAGGCAGGGAGACUGAACUGCUGCCUUCAGCCCAGGGCAGGCUUGAGGCAUGGAGUCUAAACUGCUCCCUCACCCCCUAAGAGAAAGGGUGCUCCCUCCAGUCCAGGGAGCAGUUUCCCAAUAACAGUAGUACUAGGGGUUUGAAGAUGCUAAUUAUGAUCCACUGCAGCUGCUUUUGAUCGAUCUUCCAGUGUUUCCCAAAGCCCCACGUGAAACUACAGCUUAACUAGCAAUCUUGGAAGUGCAGCUUCUGGUGGGGUCUGCUUCGCACUUAAAGGCAUAGGCACGUUUGCAACACAUAUACGUGGUAUAAACGAUUGUUUGCUUUUGGGAACAAAGCCCAAAGAAAAAAAGUGUUUGAAGAUGGGGGCAAAAUAAUUCUGCAGUUAUUUUAGACACCAAACUACUGUAUUUUUCAUCCAAUGUAGAAUGCCUGUAACGCUUCAACAAUCUCUAAAGAAGUGGCUGUCAGUAACAAAAGCACUAUGAGCCGAAAAUAAAUAAUUAAAAGUAGUGCUGGAUAUUUUAAGUGCCGCGAGACUUUAUUCUCUCGUACGUGAUUCUCGGCCGCUUUCUUAAACAUUAUAGAAACUCAGUACACUGCAGUAUAAGUAAACGGUUUUGAAAACAAAAAAAAA